UUUUAUCUUAAGACACCAUACUUGACGCAUAAGUGACAAACACGGUGUCUCGUCGGGGUUUUCACGCAAGUUUCACGUGCGUGCAGUGGUUUUGUUUGGUUUGCGUUUGUUGAGUUGACUUGCUAGAUCUUGUCAAAAGUUGCUGUGAUAUACAAUGCUUUCAGCGAGAAUACUUCAGAGGAUUAUCGCCACUAAUGCCACCUGGCCAGGUGGGAUCACGGCCGCGGCAGCCAUUCUUCUCCCCAGCCGCAGCCCAUCCAGCGUACCCGAGCUCGGCCCGACCCGGCCGGCCGGUGUGAGGGCCAUGUCGUUCCUGCCCCCGACCGGACCGCGCCGAUGGCCGCUGUACAACGAGCAGGUGUUUCCGCCGACCGGAGCCGACGAGGCGCCCCGACCAGCCUUCGUCUGCCACGUCAAAACGAACGUGAAAUACAGCACCAAGAAGAUGUGGUACAUCGCCUCAAUGAUCCGCGGGAUGAGUAUCGAGGAGGCGCUGAAGCAGCUGCAGUUUGUCAACAAGAAGGGCGCCCAGAUCGUGUCUGAGGCACUGAAGGAGGCACAGGAGAUGGCCGUCCGCGACCAUAACGUCGAGUUCAAGAACAACCUCUGGGUCGCUGAGUCGUUUGCCACCAAGGGUCGUGUGCUGAAGGGUCUGCGGCGGCACGCGCGGGCCCGUCCGGGUAUCGUCCACUACCGGUACACACACUACUUUGUUCGCCUGGAGGAGGGCGCUCCACCUGAGCAGUACUACGCAGAUGCACCGCUGCCACCCGAGGAAAUGCUCAAAAGGUGGCUGGAGCAGCGCCGGCAGAGGACCAUUACCCACUCGCUGUGAGAAACCGGCCCCCGAACUGAUUGUGAGAGUGUUGACGUGCCCAGCGGUCGCAUAUUUUGUGCGAGUGAACAUUUUGUGACGUGUGUGAUGAUGAGGAAGUUCUAGGUACUCUACGAACAGAGAUGACCGUUUUUUUUAGGUGUCGUAAGUGAAGUGAGUCGAUACACUUUAGUCGUUGUCCGGAAUGCAGGACAACACAUUUUUGCUUUCCCAAUAUGUGUUGCUUUGGUGAAAUAGCAUCUAGAAAGUCAGUUGCCAACUACGAGUAUAUGUAUAUUUGCAUAGAACACGUAACAGCAAUACAGCGAGCGACAAACAACA